AUGCCUGGUGGAAAAGGCAAGUCCGUCGGCGGCAAGGGUGCUCCAAAAGAUGGCGCUGGCAAAGCCCAAAGGUCACACAGUGCGAAAGCUGGCUUACAGUUUCCCUGCGGCCGUAUAAAGCGCUUUUUAAAGAACAAUACCCAGAAUAAGAUGCGGGUCGGCGCAAAAGCUGCUGUUUAUGUCACUGCCGUGCUUGAGUAUCUGACAGCCGAAGUCCUCGAGCUCGCUGGUAACGCUGCGAAGGAUCUCAAAGUCAAGCGUAUCACACCCCGCCAUCUGCAGCUAGCCAUCCGCGGCGACGAAGAACUGGACACGUUGAUCCGAGCAACUAUUGCUUUCGGUGGCGUCCUUCCUCGCAUCAACCGUGCCCUUCUUCUCAAGGUCGAACAAAAGAAGAAGAAAUCCGAAUAA